GCGCUUCGAACUGGAGUCACUACAAACUUGGCAGGAGACGAAGCCCUCGCUGCCCUCCGAGGCGCGUGUCACACCGGCUUACAAAGUGACUUUAUAGCCCGUCACGGAGAGCCGCGCGAGCCCCGGUGCCACUGCGCUCGUGAAAGAGCCAACUUUUCCCUGCUUUCGCGACUGGCUGCGGGACGCGUGAUAGUUUCUAACAUCUGUAUAGUCUGAAACAAAGACGUGUGUUUCUGUGCGAGAAAAAGAGAAGCAAACAGUGGUGUGGAGAUGCAGUGAUACAGUGCAGGACUGCAUGACACUUUCCCUCGGCUCUGUGACACUUAUGGUUCGGCUCGUGGACUCCUAUGAAGACCGUGGAGACUCGUCAUUAUAAGGACAAUGGAUAACUUUUUCACCGAGGGUUGUCGUGUGUGGCUCUGGGUGGAGGAUCAUUAUGUCCCCAGUACGGUGGACUCGUGCUCGGGCGGAGUGGUGGUCUUUAACACAGACUACGGUCAGGUGUACACCUACAAACAGAACGCCGUGAGCAGACAGAGGGUUUACCCAAUGCACAGCAGCAGCAUCACCAGCGUGGAGGACAUGGCAGCCCUACAGGAUCUGCAUGACGGGGCCAUUCUUCACAAUCUGCACCUCCGCUACACACAGAAGGCCAUAUAUACGUACAUCGGCUCUAUUUUAGUAGCAGUAAACCCGUAUGAGAGUCUGUCAGGGCUGUAUGACGGCGCGGCUGUAGAGCGAUACAGCCGACAUCACCUGGGCGAAAUCCCUCCUCACAUCUACGCCAUAGCGAACGAGUGCUACAGAUCCCUGUGGAAGCGCUCUAACAACCAGUGUGUGCUCAUCAGUGGUGAGAGUGGAGCAGGUAAAACUGAGAGCACUAAGAUGAUUCUGCGCUUUCUGUCUGCAAUGAGCCAACAAAGUGCAGCGCUUUCAACUUCGAAAACAGCAUCGUCACAUGUAGAGGAGGCGAUUCUGGAGAGCAGUCCAAUAAUGGAGGCGUUCGGAAAUGCCAAAACUGUUCAUAACAACAACUCGAGCCGCUUUGGGAAGUUCAUCCAGCUUCAUUUCAGCCAACAUGGAAACAUCCAGGGAGGAAGAAUCACGGACUACCUUUUAGAAAAGAAUCGUGUCGUGCGUCAAAAUCCCGGUGAAAGAAAUUAUCACAUAUUCUAUGCUCUGCUGGCAGGAACCAGCGCAGAGCAGAAGGAGUCCUUCUCCCUCUCCGCUCCGGAGGGUUUUCAUUAUCUGGGUCAGUCAGGAUGUGUGAAGGACAAAGCCAUUAAUGACACUGAGACGUUUCAGGAAGUGCUGAAUGCACUCAGGACAAUGCAGUUUGGAGAGGAGAACAUUAAAGAGGUGUUGAGGCUCCUUUCAGGAAUCCUACAUGUGGGAAACAUUGAGUUUUUAACAGCAGGCGGAGCACAAGUUUGCUCCAAAACAGCGCUCAGUAAAGCUGCAGAUCUGCUGGGUUUGGAUUGUGCUCAGCUGGCUGAAGUGUUGACCCACAGAUCAAUGAUCCUCAGAGGAGAAGAGAUCAGCACACCGCUCACAGUAGAGCAGGCGGUGGACUCGCGAGACUCAAUGGCGAUGGCUUUGUACUCUCAGUGCUUCACUUGGAUCAUUCGCAAACUGAACAACCGAAUCAACGGCAGUGAAGACUUCAGAUCCAUCGGCAUCCUGGACAUCUUUGGCUUUGAGAACUUUGAGGUCAACCGCUUUGAGCAGUUCAACAUUAACUAUGCAAACGAGAAGCUUCAGGAGUAUUUCAACAAGCACAUUUUCUCACUGGAGCAGCUUGAGUACAACAAAGAAGGGCUGGUCUGGGAUGAUGUUAACUGGAUGGACAAUGGAGAAUGCCUGGAUCUGAUAGAGAAGAAGUUGGGUUUGCUCGCUCUUGUGAAUGAGGAAAGUCAUUUUCCUAAAGGCACUGAUGGCACACUUCUAGAGAAACUCCACAGCCAACAUUCUAGAAAUCAGUUCUACAUCAAACCUCGAGUUGCAGUUCAUCAGUUUGGAAUCAAGCACUACGCUGGAGAGGUCGUUUAUGAUGUCAGAGGAAUCCUGGAGAAGAACAGAGACACUUUCAGAGAUGAUGUUCUCAACUUACUCAGGGAGAGCAGGCUGGAUUUUGUGUAUGAUCUGUUUGAGCGAGUGAACGCCUGGACCGGACAGGACACGGUCAAGUGCGGAUCAAAGUAUCGCAGACCUACAGUUAGCUCUCAGUUUAAGAAUUCAUUGCACUCUCUGAUGUCCACCCUUAGUACCUCCAAUCCGUUCUUUGUACGCUGCAUUAAACCCAACAUUAGCAAGAUGCCCGGUCAGUUUGAGCAGACUGUGGUCCUCAAUCAGCUCAGAUAUUCUGGGAUGUUGGAAACAGUGAAAAUCAGACGUUCUGGGUUUCCCAUCAGGAGGACGUUUAAGGAUUUCUGUUCCAGGUACUAUGUGUUGAUGAGGGCUUUGGCUUUGUCAGAGGACCUUAAGGGGCGGAGUCUCUUGCUGCUGCAGCUCUAUGACAACAGCGGUGCUGAAUGGCAGCUGGGAAAAAACAAAGUGUUUAUGAGAGAGAGUUUGGAGCUGCGGUUAGAAAAACAAAGAGAAACAGAAGUUCUCAAAGCAGCAUCAAUUAUCCAAGCUCAUAUACUGGGCUACAGAGCACGGAGGCAGUACAGACGCCUGUUGCUGUGCAUUGUUGUCAUUCAGAAAAAUUACCGUGCUCUAUAUUGGCGCCGACGCUUUCAGACAAUGCGAUGGGCCACCGUCACCUUACAGAAGAGGCUCAGAGGUCAAAGGGCACGAAGGCUCUAUGUUCACCUUUUAGAGGAGAAGAGGAAGAGGGAAGAGGAAGAAAGGAGACACAGAGAAGAACAGGAGGCACUGGAGAGAGAGAGACAUCGCUUGUUGGAGUUGGAGCUUUUAGCACAAGCAGCCGAAGAAGCUCGAAGAUUAGAAGAAAAACUAAAAAGCAAACAGACUCAAGUUGUCUUCCCUGAAACCAUCACACCAGACAGUAUUACAGCAGAGGAUAGUCCACAAAAAAGCAUCCCGCACGAGAGCCCCAUUGAAGAAACAUCGCUAGCAGAACAGGUGUCUGACGAAGUGUUCGAAGCAGAAACAAACCAAGCAUCGCAGGUGGAGGAAAUCCUGCGUCUGGAGCGUGAGAUUGAAGGUCUGCGACGCCAGAAAGAGGCCCAGGAGCAGAGUCUGACCACACAGUCGCUGCAUCGUCUGCAACGGCUGCGCGAUCAGGAGCUGCGCAGGCUGGAGGAAGAGGCCUGUAAAGCAGCGCAGCAGUUCCUCACCUCGCUCAACUUCGACGAAAUCGACGAGUGCGUUCGCAACAUCGAGAGCUCGCUCGGGGGAUCUGGAGGAUCACAGCAGGGCUCCCCUAGAGGGGAAGAAGAUGAAGUGGAUGAAGGUCUGGGAGUGGACGAAGAUGGGUUUAAAGAUUCUCCAAACCCCAGUGAACAUGGUCACUCUGAUGGACAGCGAACCAGCGGUAUAAGAACCAGCGACGAUUCAUCAGAAGAGGAUCCUUAUGCUAAUGACCGCGUGGCCCUGCCCCCAGUCCUGCCCCUUAUUAUGCCCUCAGUUUAUCGUGCUCCGCCCUCCAGCAGUGGCUCCACCUAUUCUCAUGCUGUUCUGGAGGAGGAGACGGAGCUUAUCCCUCCCGAUGAGGACUCGGAUUAUGAUGCGGACGAUUAUGAUGAAGGAGGUCUGAUCAUGCGGCCGCCCAGUCUCCCGCCUCAUAAUGACAUCUGGUCACGCGAGAACCGCAGCUCGUUGGCAACAAGUGCCAGUGUGAGUUCAGGCGCGUAUCGAUUCAGCUCAGAUGGCCCACAGUCCUCGUUUGAGGACAGUGAAGAUGACUUUGACAGGUUUGACACUGAUGAUGAAUCGUCUUACCGGAGGGACUCAGUCUACAGCUGUGUUACUCUCCCAUACUUCCACAGUUUCCUUUAUAUUAAAGGUGGCUUGUUGAACUCAUGGAAGCGUCGUUGGUGUGUGCUGAAGGAUGAGACAUUUCUGUGGUUCAGGAGCCGACAGGAGGCUCUGAAACAGGGCUGGCUGAUGAAGAAGGGCGGAGGCUCCUCCACACUGUCCCGCCGCAACUGGAGGCGCCGCUGGUUCGUUCUGAGACAGAGCAAACUCAUUUACUACGAGAAUGACACCGAGGAGAGGAUGAAAGGCAUGCUGGACAUGCACGAAGCUAAAGAGAUUAUUGAUGUGACCGGGAAGGAGAAUGGGAUUGAUAUUGUUAUGCCAGGCAGAACGUAUCACCUUGUAGCAGAAACGGCAGAGGAUUCCAGUCAUUGGUUCAGCGUGUUGAGUCAGGUGCACAUGUCAACAGAACAGGAGAUUCGAGAGAUGCACGAUGAACAAGCUAAUCCUCAGAAUGCUGUGGGAACUUUGGAUGUAGGAAUGAUUGAUUCUGUAUGUGCCUCUGACAACCCAGAAAGGCCGAAUGCCUUUGUUAUAAUCACAGCCCAUCGUGUGCUGCAUUGCAUGGCUGAAUCAGCUGAAGAAAUGCAUCACUGGAUCACGCUGCUCCAGCGAACGAAAGGAGACACGCGUGUGCAGGGACAAGAGUUCAUCAUCAGGGGAUGGCUAUAUAAAGAGAUCCGAGGCAGCAGUCAAGCGAAUCUGAAGCUGAAGAAGCGCUGGUUUGUGCUGACUCACAAUUCUGUGGACUAUUAUAAAAGCUCGGAGAGAAACGCUCUGAAACUGGGCUCUUUAGUGCUGAACAGCCUUUGCUCUGUGCUCGUUCCUGAUGAGAGAGUCUUCAGAGAGACCGGGUACUGGAACGUGAGUGUGUUUGGCCAUAAGCAUUCAUACAGGCUGUACUCCAAGCUGCAGACGGAGGCUAGUCGAUGGGCCAACGCUGUGCAGACCGUCAUCGACAGCAAACCGCUCAUCGACACAAACACGCAGCGGCUUAUACUGGACAUCAAGGAGAACUGCCUGAAUUCAGAGGUGGUGGAACAAAUCUACAAGAGGAAUCCAAUACUGCGGUACACACACCACCCUCUGCACACAGCACUCCUACCUUUACCCUAUGGAGAUGCACAACAAAGCUCUGACAAAGGUAGAAGUUAUGGCACCCUGCAGGCUGAAGCCCUGAAGCUCUUCAAUGUCCUCCAUCAGCUGGAGACAGAGGUCAGUGCCAUCCCUCACAUCCAGACACUCCUGCAGACGACGCACGACCUGCGGCCUCUGAGAGACGAGCUCUUUUGCCAGCUCAUCAAGCAGACCUCACACCACCCCAAACCUGGAGGCCCCGCCCACAUCAACAGCUGGCGAAUCAUAGCCUGCCUGUGCUGCACCUUCAGCCCCGCCUCCAGAAGCAUCCUCAAAUACCUCAAGUUUCACUUUAAGAGGACACGAGAGCUGUACCCAGGCACAGAGAUGGAGCGCUAUGCUGCAUUUUCCCAGGAUGCCUUGCGACACGUGCGUGGACGAGAGUAUGUUCCUUCACAGGAGGAGCUGAGGGCCAUCCUAAGCAGACAGGAAAUGACAGCGACCGUUUACUGCCACGGUGGAGGAUCCUGCAAAAUCACCAUCAACUCGCACACAACUGCCGGAGAGGUGGUGGAGAAGCUGCUGAAGGGUCUGUCUAUGGAGGACUGCAGGAACAUGUUUGCUUUGUUUGAACACAACGACAACACAGACAGAGCCAUAGAGAGCAGGACUGUGGUGGCCGACAUCCUCGCCAAGUUUGAGAAGUUGGCCAAUAAAGAGCAGGACGGAGAGAGCUGGAAGUUUUAUUUCAAGCUGUUCUGUUUCUCUGAACCUGAGAAUGUACCUGCUGACAGUGUGGAGUUUGCAUUCAUGUUCGAGCAGGCCCAUGAAGCAGUCAUCAGAGGUCGGUAUCCUGCCCCAGAAGAGACUCUGCAGUUUCUGGCAGCCCUGCGUCUGCAGUAUCUGCUGGGAGAUUACAGUACCCAGAGUGCCCUGCCGGAGCUGGAUCAGGUUUUCCCCAUGGAGCGACUGCGAGCGCGGGUACAGCAGUCGGCACGGAGCUUCGCCUCUGCCACACCGUCCACCGACAGAAAGAGGAGCAGUUUUCUGGAGGGCACACUGAGGCGGAGCUUCCGCGGGACACUGGGGCGACAGCGCCAAGAGGAGGAGCCUGCAGCCAUAGAGGUGUGGCUACAAGAUGAGAAGGCGGGGCUAAAGAGUUGUUUGGUGGAGAAGUGGCGUAAACUGCAGGGGAUGGAGCAAGAUCAAGCCAUGAAAAAAUACAUGGGUCUUAUUAAGGAGUGGCAGGGGUAUGGAUCCACACUGUUUGAUGUGGAGUGUGUAGAUGGUGUGUAUCCUGGUGAGCUGUGGUUGGGUGUCAGUCGUAAGGGUGUGUGUGUGUACAAGCGCGGGGAGCCAUGGCCUCUCGAGGUGUUUCUCUAUGAGGUCAUACUGUCCUUCGGUGCGCCUCAACCAAAUGUCUACAAGAUCAGCGUGGAAGGACGAGAGCUGCUCUUCAACACAAGCAUGGUGGUGGACAUCGCAAAGCUGAUGAAGGCGUACAUCAGUCUCAUAGUGAAGAAACGUUUCAGCACUUGUCAAUCCAUCAGCAGCCAUGGCAGUAACUGGUGAUCCCACACAUGCACAAAACACAAACUCUUCUCUUAAAGGUGCCUUUGAGCUCAGAAAAUGAGACACAAAUAUACUUCAGAAUGAAUGAAUGACCCUUCAGUGCAAAAUAAAUGAACCAAAGACAAUAUCAUGAGACACUUUUCACAGCAGCCACUAUCAUGUUUCCACAGACACGCAUUCAUUUCCUGUGCUUGAAAUUGUUCCAUAUUUCACGUUGUAUCGACAUUUGAAGUCCACUAAAGCAUUUCUUUGGAAUUCUGCAGGCAGAAAGUCCAGAUCCCGAAAAUAAAAAAGCACUCAAACGCAGUGCCUUUAAAAGCACACACACAGAAAUCAAUACACAUACAUAUGCAAUACACACACACAGAGUGCCCUUUAAAUCUGUUUUAUAUGUGACAGUGAAUAUGUGCAAUGUUUAUAUUGUUUGUUAUAUAUUUCUGAGGAGCUGUAUAUUUUAUAAACCUUGUUUUUUCUGUUGAGCUGCAGGAUUGUGAUAACACUAUUCCCUCUGGUCCUAUUAUUUUUCUACUCAAAGCCUAUAAAAACACUAAAACAGCAGGAAAAUCAUUCUCGUUUUUUGUAUCUUUACUGUGCAUCAGUAUAUAGGCAAUAAAUGUAACGACAUUCAAAGACUCUUACAUUCAUUAAA